GAUUAGAGUAAGUUUCUUAUGAAAUAACAUAUCAAUUUUCACAAUUAUCAUUAUCGGUAUGGUUUAACAAACAUCCAUAUCUACAGCGCCUUUAAGCGUUAAUCCACAUACAGAGAGCUAUAUGAAAAAUAAAUGACUACUUGACUAUUAUUCUACAAUCCAUUAUCGUUCUUGCUUUACAGACCAUAAUUGUUCUUUAUAAAACAAUAUUUACUUAAUGAGAUUAGUUUCGUAUUACUUGCUGUCUGUACCAUGUGAAUGUAGACGUGAAGUAGAGCGCUGAGAAAAAAAUUAACAUGGCAAGUUCUAACGCUAAAAAUCCUGUAACUCUUCCUUCUAUUGAUGAUCUAAAAAAGUUAAACGAAAGACACAACUUGGGUUGUAAUGAAGAUGAGUUAAAAGAAUAUCAAAGCAUUAUGAAAAAUACAGUAGCUGCAUAUAAUUUCAUUGAUGCCCAAGAAAUACCUUCGUACGUAUCUAAAUAUGGAGGUAAUCGAGAGUAUUUGCGACCUGAAGGUGAUGAAAACAAAUACAAUGCUUGGUAUGUGAAGUGUAAUAUAGAGGGUGCUACAAGUGGAAAACUUGCUGGGAAAGUAGCUAUAAAAGAUAACAUAGCUGUAGCUAACAUUCCUAUGAUGAAUGGUUCUAAAGUUGUGGAGGGCUAUAUACCUGAGUAUGAUGCUACUAUCGUGCAACGAAUUCUAGAAGCAGGUGGAACAAUCUGUGGAAAAACAACUUGUGAAGACCUUUGCAUAAGUGGUGCAAGCUAUUUUACUACAUAUGGGCCUGUUCAUAACCCAUGUAAUGUAGAGCAUUCUGCUGGCGGAUCAAGUUCCGGAAGUGGAGUGGUUGUCGCCAAUGAAGAAUCUGAUAUGGCAAUUGGAGGAGAUCAAGGAGGUUCCAUUCGUAUCCCAUCCAGUAACUGUGGUAUCGUUGGUUUGAAACCUACACAUGGAUUGGUACCCUACACUGGAACAAUGCCAAUUGUUUCUUGCAUUGACCAUUUAGGCCCUAUGGCGAAAACUGUGGCAGACUGUGCACUGUUACUUGAAGUCAUUGCAGGUAUGUACAUUUUCUAUUUUCUUUAUAUUUCUUUGUUUGCUAUUUUCUAUUUUCCUAUUGCGCCCGCAACUAUAUUUUUCAACAUUUUGUCGAUACAAAGAUAAUCUAAAGA